CUGUGGUAAAACAUAAGGAAGGUAACAUUUGUUCAGUGCAUGAUACUUAAUGGCGUCUGAACCGAAACAUGGCCAAGGCAUCAGGAAAUGUGCUCAGGAUUUUACAAGUGGUAUACCUGAAGCCAUCUGCCCUGAGAACAGCCUGGCGUUCAUCUGCGAUUUAUACUCAGGAUUGUCCCUGCCGACUGGAGAACGUCAGCAGACAGCCAUGGUGUUGGUGAGGCUACCUGCGCAAUGCAGUGUACACCAGCUACGUUUAUGUAUCUGCAUGCAGGCUCAAGAACUGAACCGCCAUCCAGACCCAUUGAGCCUGCUGGACCCUGUGAAGUUCCCACUGCUUUACGCUAAAGGAGCAGACUGGUAUGAGAUCUUUGACGACUAUCAGGUUCUUCGAACUCUGGAUGUACCGUGGGAACGCGACUCCCAUGGGCAGCGUGUAGCUCGUAUAGUGGUGUCACCGCAGCCAGAUGACACCGAGGAGAGGCAGAGCAACCGCCGUGCCCUGGUCAGUCUGAUUGGCCAUGACCUGGAUACAGUGGCAGCCAAUAGGCUUGGGGAGGUCAGCUUCACGCGCAGGAAGCUGGUUUCUCCCCGCCAGGAAGAGCUAAGAAGGCGGGAUCCCAGGGCCUAUGCCACAGAGCCAUGGACCACCUCAGUCCCUACUGCAAAAGACCAAGAGGAACAGUUCAGUCGCAAGCUGACAGUCACCAUGCACUACAAUGAAAUAUGCUACAGUUUAAAAGUGGAUUUGAAAAUAACACCUGAAGGUCUCAGAGAAGUCUUUCAUGAAGUCUUGGCAGACCAUGCUCUCCAAUGUGAGUCUGGUGACCUGGUUCUUAAGGUCUGUGGCAGGGACGAGUUUCUCUCAGGAGAUCUCCCUCUUUCUCGCUACGUGUGGGUAUGUCAGUGUCUAAAGUCCAAUCAGGAGCUCCAUCUGUCUGUGGUCUUCAUGUCGCAGCUCGAUGACGACACCGUGAGGUCCGUGGAGUGGCCGUUGGUGGACACCUUCACUGGACUCUCCAGCUCCCAUGAGGAGAUGUCCCUGGAGGGAAAGGAUGUGCACGACAUCAUUAUGAUUUCCCUCUGGGAUUGCAAACGCAAGUUUAGAGUGAAGCUCCUGGGCUUCGACAUUCCCCAACCCUCGAGCAAACCUCCACAGAGCGUCCAUGUGGAGGCAUCUAUUCUCUACGGGAGCAAGGUGGUGUCCUCUGUGUGUUCCACACCCAAAGCUUUUGCAGAUGAAGUUCUGUGGAACGAGUGGCUGGAGUUUGAUAUCCUGCUCCGGGAUCUUCCCCGCGGAGCUAAGCUGGGCCUGACCAUUAAUGAUAUCACUCACGACAGUGCCGGAACUAAGGAAUGCAAAUCCCCAUCCUCUGGCGUUAAAGCUCAAGAUGAACAAAGAGGGAAAGGAAAGCUGCUUUACUUUGUUAAUCUCCUUCUGAUUGACCACAGGUCUGUGCUUACACAGGGACCACACACUCUUCACAUGUGGGCCUAUCCCAGGCAGGAGGAAGAAGCAUUCACCUACAAGGCAGAUAAACUUUCCACUGCCACCAACCCAGACGUGGCAGACUCCAUGGCCAUCAGCUUCCUUCUGGACCGCUACACUUUCCCAGUGUUUCUCCCUCACAGCACAACCUCCAAUGGAUCUUGCUUCUCCCCUGUCCAGACUCUCCCCUCACAUGACUCCAGCUUUUUAGAUAAAAGCCUGCCUCCCACUGUCAGCGACCCGUUUGCCAGACCUUCCUCCUCACCGGCGGUCACAGACAAGGCCUCUAUGAGGAGAUUCAGAGAGGAGAGUGUUCGGUAUGCCUCCAACCUACCCCAGUUCUUGCGCAGAGUAAACUGGCUGAGUCCCGGCUCUGUGCAGGAAGUCCACUGGCUGCUGAGUCAGUGGGAACCCCAGGAACUGGACGUCUCUGUGGCCCUGGAGCUACUCAGCGUAGACUUUGCUGAUGAGAUAGUAAGGAAGCUUGCUGUCCAGAGACUGGAGAGCCUAUCUAAUGAUGAGGUUCUUAAGUAUCUCCUGCAGCUGGUGCAGACCCUGAAAGUGGAGCCUUAUCAUGACAGCUUCCUGGCUAGAUUCCUCAUCCAAAGAGCCCUCAGAAGCAAGAGAAUUGGCCACUUCUUUUUUUGGUACCUGCGCAGUGAGGUGGUGGGCAGUCCAUUCUUCCGCCAGCGUAUGGCUGUGGUGCUGGAAGCCUACCUGCUGGGCUGUGGUCAGGCCAUGUUGAACGGUUUCAAGAGGCAGAUGCAGGCUGUAGACGCUCUGCGUGAGGUUGCCAGCGUGGUCAAGAGAUUAUACCCUGACAAGAUGGAUCUCCCAUCCACAGCUGCCCUGAAGCUUCAGGAUCUCCUGAGGACAUGUAAUCUACCAUCAGACUUCCAAGUGCCCUUUGACCCACGCAUCAGAGCAGGCAAAAUCCUGCUGGACAGGUGCAAGAUUAUGGCCUCUAAGAAGAAGCCUCUGUGGCUUGAGUUUUCCUGCAUGGACUCUCCAGGUCCCUCUUAUCCCCCUGUAGGCAUCAUCUUCAAACAGGGGGAUGACCUCCGACAGGACAUGUUGGUCCUUCAGACACUUGUGGUGAUGGAUUCGAUAUGGCAGGAGAAAUCACUGGGUCUGAAUCUAGUGCCUUAUGGAUGCAUCUCUACAGGACACAAUAUAGGCAUGAUAGAGAUUGUGAGAGAUGCUGUCACCAUUGCUGCAGUUCAGAGGAUCCAGGGAGGGACCAAUGGAGCCUUCAAAAAUGAUGCCUUGUUUAACUGGCUCAAGGAAAAGUGUCCCAUCCAAGAGAUUCCCUACCAGGCUAUGGAGACGUUUGUUACCUCUUGCGCUGGAUACUGCGUGGCCACGUACGUACUGGGGAUAGGGGAUCGCCACAAUGACAACAUCAUGAUCACGGACCAAGGUAACCUGUUCCACAUCGACUUUGGCCACAUCCUUGGGAACACCAAAAGGUUUCUAGGGGUCAACAAGGAGAGAGCCCCUUUUGUUCUCACUCCUGACUUCCUGUACGUCAUGGGCAGGGUCAAAAGUCGACCCAGCCUCUACUUCCAGAGGUUCAGGGACACAUGUACCCAGGCCUACCUGUCUCUGCGCUCACACUCCCGCCUGCUGGUCACCCUGUUUUCCCUCAUGCUCCUGACGGGGAUCCCUGAGCUCAGCGCUGCAGAAGACCUGCACUAUCUCCGGGAGGCACUGCAGGAGGACAAGGGGGAGGAUGAGGCACGGGACCACUUCCUCCAGAUGAUAGCAAAAUGCGAGGACCUGGGUUGGACGGUGCAGGCAAUGUGGUGGUUCCACAUGAUGGUUGGCAUUAAGUAGAGCAAACCUCCAGAACCCCAAAUGAUUUUAUAUCUUAUUUGGUAUUAAACCUACACAACCCCAUUUCCAAAAAAGUUGGGACGCUGAAUGCAAUGAU